UGAAGCACUUUGAUCUUAGCUUUCUGUUACAGAUAUUUGGAGAGAUUUUAAAAGGCGAAAAAAAUGUGUGCUCAAAAAUCAAGCGGAUGGUGUGUCGUAAAGGAGGACUGUAAUAAAAAUAUUGUGGAAAAACGACACUUUUUUCGGUUUCCAAAGGAACAUGACAGAUGGUUGCAAUGGAUACGUGCGUGUGAAAGAUUAGAUUUAGAAGCAAGUGGAGCAGAAUAUGCCCAUCGCAUUUAUAGAUUGUGCCACUUACAUUUUGAAGAAAAGUGGUACAAUAUAAGCAAGAGUAGAGCUAUUCUUCAUCCGGAUGCAGUACCAACAAAAUUAUGAGAGAGAGAGAGAGAGAGAGAGAGAGAGAGAGAGA